UAAUAUCGGAUCAGUCGACUCCGGACCACGUUCUUGUGCGUACUACCCCGAGCACGCUCACUCGGUUGACGCGUUUUCCUUUUCACCCACCGACGUUUGUAAAAAGCUCCAGGCUACCGCGGCCUGGAAAAUAGGGUCACGCUUAGCAUGAUGCUCCGAGAAAAACGUCAAUGGUCAUUCGACACUUUUCGGCGCGUCGGUAAUGUCGUAUAUACGAAAAGAUAUAUAAAAUGAAAAGAUUUCGACCAAAGGGUGUUUUUGCGGUAUAGAAAUAUCAAGAAAAUUAAAAUACUUAUCAUGGCGGCUGUGAAGUCGUGAAUGCGGACGAACAAUGGUAGUGAUUUUAAACGCUAUCGUAGUUUCUUUGCUAUCAAUCGUCGUUGCAAAAAUCCAAAAAGAAUGUGUUUUGGAGUUGCCUACAAACGGCUCUCGUGAUGUUUACUGUGACGUUAUACCAUACAAAGUUGACUUGAAUCACACUAACGGUAUGACUAAGCUAGACAUAUCGCAAAAUAACUUAAACGGGAUUUUUAUUUUUAGCGAUAAAAAUAUGACGUUACCUACGCUUGACGUGUCCAGAAAUAACAUUCGAAGUCCUUGCCACGUUGCUAUUAGUAAUAUAGUAAGCGUUGAUUCUAUGAUAUUAUCAUUCAAUAAGAUAUACAAUUUUUCAAUUUGUUCAGACAUUAGAAAUCUUACGCUAAGUUGGAAUUACAUUAGGUCAUUAAAUAAAACUGAUAUGGUAAAUGCAUCUUCUUUGGAAGUUUUAGAUCUUGGGAAUAAUUUCAUCUUAUGGAUAGAAAAUAAUACAUUUAUUGGAAUGCCGGAUCUUCAAUGGUUAGACUUAAGAGGUAACGCGUUAACAAGAAUAUCAGAAAAAACGUUACCAAGUACUACGUUACGUUAUCUCGACGUUUCUGAAAACUAUGAUCUUGAUCGUACAACAGUAUUUCAGCCUUUUGAAAAUCUAGUUGAAUUGAACAUUGCCAAAAAUGCAGAAUUAGCUCCCGUUGUUUUGGGUUCGGGUCCAAGACUUCAAGCAUUAGAUGCUUCACACACUAAUCUUACAGAAGUUCCAGUCACGCCAGCUCCGCUAUUAGGCUCACUUAUUUUGAGUGGCAAUGCGAUAAAAACAGUGAAUAGUGGUGACCUAGAUGGUUUUCCACUUCUUCGCUUGCUUAACAUUAGUGCUAAUCGCAUUAAAAUUGUAGAAGACGAUGCAUUUGGUCGACUCGAUUUACUGAUUGUAUUGGACUUGAGUGAUAAUUUAUUGAAAACAGUACCGAAAAGUUUACCAGAAAGCUUAGAAAAAUUAAAUCUAGAAGGUAAUAGAAUACAGAACUUGGGGGUCGAAGACUUUGAGGGUUGCAAAGGAUUAAAAAUAUUAAAUGUUCGGAAAAAUAAUAUUCAACACAUACAGGACCUUACAUUUGCGUCUUUAUUAUUUCUUGAUACAUUAGAUUUAUCUGAAAAUCCAAUUAAAAUGAUUACAAGAGAAAUGUUAGCAGGUCCAGUAAAAUUAAAAGUCUUGAAGUUGGAGAGGCUAAUAGCACCAGAGACGCCAACAUUCCCAUUUACUGAUACACGUUACUUGAAUCGAAUCCAAUUGGCGUACAGCAAACAUCUUGCUAAAAUUCUGUUAAACGACAGUGCUGUAUUAUCAUCUAUGUUUCAACUUGAAUAUUUAGACUUAACGGAAUGUGAUGUGAUUUCACUUCCCAAACGUUUACCUUAUCACAUGCCUAAAAUUAAAACAUUAAUAUUGAACGAGCUCAAGUGCAUCGAAUCUUGGCUUAAAGAUUGGCUAUGUGAAAUCUACGCGUCUGAAGAUAAACAUUAUAAGUUCAGUAAAUCUGAGUUGAGACUUAGAAACUACCAGCUGAAAAAAUUCAAAUCCUCUGUGGAAAGUGUGCAAUGUAGACAAGAAAAUGGAAAUGUUCAACAAGUGUUUGAUGCAGAAUACUGUGCCAUAAUAACUACGAUUUCGACCUAUCGAGUUACUACAAUUACAACAGAACAGGCAGCAGUGUUUGCACGAUUAAGAGCGAAAGAUGAUCCUAAGAAUUCACACGUUGUAGCAAAAUCAAAUCAUCCAGGUAUGAUAGUUUUUGUGUGUAUUGUGUUGCUGUUAGUACUUUUAGCGAGUGGUACUGUUUGGGUUGGAAUGAGAGGAGACACACUAAAGAGGUUACAUUGGAGGCAAAAUAUAGUUGAUGUGGUUUACCAAAGUAUUGAAAUUAAGAGCCUGGAAAGUUUAAGUCAUGUAGAAAGGUGGUAAAAUAAGUCUGAAGAAUAAAAUAUUUUUAAGUCUAAUUUAAACUUGUAUUUAUUUAUUUAUUUAUUUUUGUGAUAUUUCCAAUGUUUAAAAUCUAAGCUGAAAUGGAGCAGCGUAGCAAAAAUGUAUUAUUUAAAAAUUAGUAAUUUUUUCAUCGCUUAAACUCAAUACUGAUAUUGUUACAUAAAUAAUAAAUAAUUUCAAUGUACGUUAUAAUAUUUAACACAUCAUCUUGAUGGAAUAUUGUUCGAUAAAAUGUCGUCAAUUUAAUUGUAUUUAUAUUUAUCAUGAUUUAUAUUACUGUGUAAUUUUAUA